AUGAAGGGUACUAUACAUAAAAGGAGAGGCAUGUGUAGUCCGGUGAGUUCGCCAUCGGCCAUAAGCAGUGGUGCUCCGCUCAAGUCCAACGUCGGUGGCGGCGGAUGGUGUAAAGGCCUAUCUGACUGUUUAAUUUUGGGGCCUAAAGUCUCACGCAACAUAAAACUUGUACAAACUCCCCAAUAUCACCACCUUCUACAGGAAAAAGUGGAAGAAAGGGAGAAGGAAUUAGAGAAGCAGAAAGAGAUGAAGAGCAUGUACAAAAUGAGACUUGAAAGGACACAAAAUUAUUUGAGGUAUUGUCUUCAGGUAGCACAAGAUAAUGGUUUUCUAGAGUUAAUCAUCAACAACAAAGAAAAACAACAAGAAUCAGUCAGUAGUAGUAGUACUACUAUUAUCCAUGCCACUGCCAGUCCACCCCAACAACAACCCCGCUCUGAUAUUACAUACCUCAUUCAUCAAGCCAAGUUGAAUGGUUGGUAUAUUGAACCCCAUGAGAUUGAAAUGGACGAAGAAGUGGCUCAAGGAAGUACAGCACAUAUAUACAGAGGAAGAUGGAGAGGAUAUGAAGUUGCAGUCAAAUGCGUAUUGCCUGACUUCUUCCUCUUGAAUGAAAAUGGUGUUAGCUUUUUUGCCCAAGAGGUCGAGACGUUAUCGAGGCAACGUCACCGUUUCGUGCUACAGCUCAUGGGGGCAUGCCUUGAUCCUCCGCAGCACGGAUGGAUAGUGACAGAGUUAUUAGCAAUGACACUAAAAGAUUGGCUACAUGGUCCUGGUAAAAGAAGAAAAGAAAGAAGUAUUCCUCUUCCAAUUUUUGAAGAGAGAGUUGGAAAAGCAAUGGAAAUUGCUCAAGGCAUGCAAUAUCUUCAUGAACACAAGCCUAUGGUGAUUCAUCGUGAUCUCAAACCGAGUAACAUUUUCUUGGAUGAUUCUAUGCAUGUUAGAAUUGCAGAUUUUGGACAUGCUAGGUUCUUGAAUCAUGAAGAAAAGGCUUUAACAGGAGAAACAGGCACAUAUGUAUACAUGGCACCAGAAGUAAUUCGAUCAGAACCUUAUGAUGAAAAGUCAGAUGUCUAUAGUUUUGCCAUUAUUCUCAAUGAGCUUUUAACCGGAGAAUAUCCUUACAUUCAAACUCACUAUAAUCCUUCUAAGAUAGCAUUAGAAGUUGCAGAAAAUGGGUUAAGGCCACAACUUCCGGAGCAGGAGGAUGAGCAAUUUGAAGAGCUGAUACAACUUAUACAACUCUCAUGGGAUGAAGAUGUUGCACUUAGACCUUCUUUUCGAGCUAUAACAUCUACUCUUACAAACAUUCACCAUAAAUUAAUACGUAGUAACAUUUAG